ACCAACUAUUUGUGUGGAGAGUUGAACGUUUCAGAAAACACGUCCAGGACGAACUCAAAUCACCGGGGAUGUCUAAUCAUUAAGAGAUUAUUGUAGCUAGGCCUACAUUUAUUUUAAAAAAAGAUCCCACCAAACUGUAAUGGUGAGUGUUUUUUCGGAACAUCAAUUUUUUUAAACAUCAAUGUUUUGGGAACCUAAGAGAUUCUUGACAGGUACGGGUAAAUCGAGUAGGCUACAGCAUGGCCUCGUUUGGGACAUUCUGGCUGCUUCUGGCGGUGUCAUUUCAAGGCGCCCAUAGCCAUCCUGCAGCUCCAGUGUCAACUCCCCACCUGCGCAGCAUGGAGAGCUUCAUCAGCGCCGUGGAGCAGGUGGAACAGUCCAACCCCACCCUGACCCCGCUGGCCCUGGUCAGAGCCUUACGGAGGAUCGCAGGCCACGACGACCCGCUCACCGUGCACUACCUCGGCGCCUCCAACCGCCUCCCCGUCCUCUCGGCCACCCUGGACCAGGCCAUCCUGAACGCCUCCUCCUUCAGCUUCUUCGACAAGGCCGUGCACCACAUUGUGACGGACCAGGGGGAGGAGCGGGGGGUGGUGCUGGCCCCGGACGGCACCACGGUGGCCCUGGCUCCCCUGCUGCUGGGCAUCGAGGCGGGGCUGAGGGCCCGGGAGGCGGAGACAGAGCAGGAGGGCGGAGCGUCCAGCGUGGCGGCCUUUGGGGUCUUCCCCCUCACCCUGGGAAGGUCUCUGGGCCUGUCCUUCCUCAGCCUGCAGGACUUCUCGGCCGACCUGCGUCUCGGGCCCGGCGGCUGCUGGGACAGCGUGGAGCAGCCCAGGGUGUUCCGGCUGUCCCGGACGCCCACCCUGGCCACCGACGCCCUGAUCAACGGGGGUAUGGACGGGGCCAUCCUGGGCACCGCCCUCGGCAACCUGUCGCGGGCCGCCCCGCCGCCGCCGCCGCCGACCAGGCUCAGCGCCACGCUGAGGGGGUACUACGGCUACGUGCUGAGCGAGGGCCGCGGCCUGGAGGAGCUGAGGGGCCAUGCCAGCGCCAAGCGGCGGCAGAGCUCCAGGAGCCUGCUGGAGCCGCUGGACCCCGAGAGGCAGGUGAUGGAGACGCUGGUGAUGGUGUGGAAGCUGGAGAAGACGGAGUGGAUCGCCCUGGACGACGGCGUUGAGGUGUCGGUGAAGGAGGGGCUGAAGGCCUUCACUCACAUGUACUGGGACUGCCCUCCCAUUAUCUCUCGGUGCCAGUGGGGAGCGGAGGCCAUCCGAGGCACUCACUCGCCUCUGUCCCCCCCGCUGCCCUACCUCUACAUCCAUCACACCUACCAGCCCUCGACGCCCUGCCUGUCCUUCCCAGCCUGCUCCAGAGACAUGAGGGCCAUGCAGCGCUUCCAUCAGGACGAGCGGGGCUGGAAAGACAUCGGAUACAGCUUUGUGGUGGGCUCUGAUGGCUAUGUUUACGAGGGCAGAGGAUGGCAUAACGUCGGGGCGCACACUAGGGAUCGCAAUUCCCUCGGCUACGGCGUGGCGAUAAUCGGCAACUACAUAUCCACUCUGCCUUCGCGCUACUCCAUGGACCUGCUGCGCCACCGUCUGGUACAGUGUGCGGUCGACGGGGGGAGACUGGCUGUAAACUAUACCCUACUGGGACACCGUCAAGUGGUGAAUACCUCCUGCCCCGGCGACGCCUUCUAUUCGGAAAUCAGUACCUGGGAUCGCUUCGGGAAAUGAUAGGAUCCAAAAGCAAAACCAUUCACAAACAUAAUGUCCCUUAUGUUACCUUACCAUUGAAAACCAUAUGGUAAUUUAUAUGAUUGAUUAAAUGUCAUCUCUGAAGUC